GAUAGUUUAGGGGGGCUUUUUGCGAUAAACGUCACGCCAGAAGUUGUUUGUGAAAAAUUGUGAGGAAAGUGUAUUUUCCUGUGAAAAAUCACCACGGUGCGACGCAUUUUAGCACCCAAGGAGCCCCCAGACGCCGCGAGUGUUGAAGUGAGUGCGUGAAAGUCUCUGGGAAAAGCAGAAAUGGCAUCAUUUCUCGAUUCUGAAGCUGAGGAAAGCGAUCAGGAGGAGGAGUUAGAGCCACAUGAGCGCAGUAAACUCAAACGUCUCAAGGCUGUGUCGGAGAGUGAGGAUGAGGAGGAAGAUGACGACAACAGAGCCGUUGUUGAUGAUCUCAUUGAUGAUCGUGAGAUCGAUGAGGAUUCCGACGGAUCGGGCUCAGAGCGGAGUCACAAACGCAAGAAGAGCGACGAUGAGGAUGAUCUCGACGAUCGUCUUGAGGAUGAAGACUACGAUCUGAUUGAGGAGAAUUUGGGUGUUAAAGUCGAACGGAAGCGCUUCAAACGGCUCCGUCGCAUCCAGGACGAGGAGAGUGAUGGCGAAGACAAGGAUGAGAACGGCGAGCAGCAGCGGCAGCGCAUUGCUGAGCGGAUUUUCGAUUCGGAUGAAGAGAUUGAACAGCAGGUAUCGGAUGAGGAGAGAGCAGCUGAGAGGCAACAUGCUCCCGUUGAGGCGGAUCACUUUGAUGAGGAAGACGAAGAGGAGGAAUCCGAUGCAGAUGAUUUUAUCGUGGACGACGAUGGGGUGCCCAUAACGCAGCGGAAGAAGACCAGAAGACCCAUUUUUGGAGAUGCAAUUCUGCAAGAAGGGCAGGAUAUCUUCGGAGUUGAUUUUGACUAUGAUGAAUUUGAAAAGUACGAAGAUGACGAGUAUGAAGACGAGUACGAGCUAGACGGAGAAGGUGAUGGGGAGAAGAGGCCGAAGAAGCAGGCCCGGAAGAAGACGAUGCGUAAGUCAAUAUUUGAAAUUUACGAACCGAGUGAGCUUCAACGGGGUCACUUUACGGAUUUGGACAUUGAAAUCCGUAAGACGGACAUUCCGGAACGCAUGCAGUUACGUGAGGUUCCCAUAACGACCGUUGAUGCGGAGAAGUCAACGGAAUUGGAGGCAGAGGCUGAAUGGAUCUACAAACAAGCCUUCUGUCGUGAACCAAUCUCCAAGCAGGAAGUCUUCGGAGCAGACUCGCGCGACAGGACAAGGAAGCCUCCAAGUGCAAUUGGGAAGAUCAAACAGGCGUUGGAUUUUAUGCGAAAUCAGCAACUAGAAGUUCCCUUUAUUGCCUUCUACCGGAAGGAAUACGUAAAACCAGAGCUGAAUAUUAAUGAUCUUUGGAAGGUUUAUAAGUACGAUGCAAAGUGGUGUCAGCUCAUUUCGAGGAAGAAGGCUUUAAAGGAGUUGUUUGAGAAGAUGCGGGAGUAUCAAUCGGAUAAGAUAAUGGAGAAGCCCGAUGAGCCACUUCCGGAUGAUUGUCGUCUGAUCAAGGAUGAAGACCUCAUGCGAUUGGAGAUGGCUCAAACUCCGGAAGAACUUAAGGAUGUUCAAAUGCAUUUCCAUCUGUACUAUUCCCAUGAAAUCCCCCAAAUGCAGGAAGCCUGGCGCGCUAAGGAGCGCGAAAGGAAGCGUCAGGAACGCCUGGAAGCGAAAAGGCGUGAAAAGGAAGCAUUGGAGAACGGGGAGGAACCUCCGGAAGUCACUCAAAUUGAUGAAGAUGAUGACGUUGAGAUGCCCGAAGAGUCCUUAAAGCAAGCAGCCGAUGCCAGGCCGUACACAAUGUGUCGCAAGGGAGGAGUCUGCGGGAUGGCGAAGAAGUUCGGCUUGACGCCAGAGGAGUUUGCUGAAAAUCUCCGUGAUAGCUAUCAACGGCAUGAAGUUGAGCAGGAGUCUACGGAAUUAAUGGAGCUGGCUAAGCAGUACGUCAAUACGAGGUUCCAAACCCCAGAGGAAGUCCUCUACGCUGUUAAAUACGUCGUAGCGAGACAACUUUCACGUGAACCGUUGCUGAAGAAAACCGUCCGGGAGAUUUACUUUGAACGCGCACGAAUUUCCGUUGCACCCACAAAGAAGGGGAUAAAGGAGAUUGAUGAGAAUCAUCCCUGCUACACAAUGAAGUUCCUCCGGAAUAAGCCGGUACGUGAUUUAGCUGGUGAGCAAUUCCUCCGGCUUGCAAUGGCUGAGGAUGAUAAACUCCUUGAAAUCACCUUCAGUGAGAAGCUCGAAGGGAAUACGUCUGUUCCGUAUUUGGAUGAGAUAAAGGCGUUGUACCAAAAGGAUGAAUUCGCGAAGAAUGUUCAGGAGUGGAACGGAGUAAGGGCUGAAUGUGUUGAAUUAGCCUUGAACAAGAUGGUUUUGCCUGAAUUGAGGAAAGAACUGCGCUCAAUGCUUAUUGCCGAGGCAAAAGAUUGCGUUCUCAAAGCAGCCACAAGGAAGCUCUGCAAUUGGAUUAAAAUUGCUCCGUACACGGUGUCCUUCCCUGAGGAAGAUGACUACGAAUGGGAUGCAACGAAGGGACUUCGGAUUAUGGGUAUUGCCUACGUGCCAGAUCAGGAAUUUUCAGCCUUCUGUGCACUCAUUAAUCCCGACGGUGAGGUGACAGACUACCUGCGCUGUCCUAACCUACUAAAGCCCAAGAUUUCCAUUUGGGAGGAUAAGCGUGGUCUGAAGGAGGCAGAACUGCAAAAUAUCAAGCAAUUCGUUCGGAAUAAGAAGCCUCAUGUAAUUGCAAUUGGCGGAGAAAGCUACGAUGCUAAACGGCUGAAGGAGGACAUAAUGGAAUUAAUGAAGGAGCUUCAGGAUGAAGAGCAGUUCCCUCCGAUUGCCGUGGAAAUUGUUGACAAUGAACUUGCGAAGAUCUUUGCAAAUUCCCACAAGGGAACAGGAGAAUUUCGUGAAUAUCCGAACGUUUUGAGACAAGCUGUGUCAAUUGCAAGGAAACUCCGUGAUCCGCUUGUUGAGUAUUCACAGUUAUGUACGGCAGAUGAUGAGAUUCUCUGCUUGAGGUAUCAUCCGUUGCAGGAUCAACUGCCAAAGGAGGAACUCCUUGAAGGGCUCUACUUGGAGUUUAUCAACAGGACCAAUGAGGUGGGCGUUGAUAUUAAUUUAGCCGUUCAGAAUCCGCUCUAUGUGAACCUCGUGCAGUUUAUCUGUGGCCUUGGUCCGCGCAAAGGGCAAGCUCUCAUCAAGAUCCUAAAGCAAACAAAUCAGCGUCUUGAGAAUCGAACGCAACUCGUUACAGCUUGUCACAUGGGGCCGAAAGUCUUCAUAAAUUGCAGCGGUUUCAUUAAGAUUGACACCAAUUCCCUUGGGGAUAGUACAGAAGCCUACGUAGAAGUCCUCGAUGGAUCACGCGUUCAUCCUGAAACGUACGAAUGGGCCAGGAAGAUGGCGAUUGAUGCCCUUGAGUAUGAUGAUGAUCAAAUGAAUCCAGCUGGAGCUCUUGAGGAGAUCCUUGAAUCGCCCGAAAGGCUAAAAGAUCUGGACUUGGAUGCAUUUGCCGUUGAACUGGAGCGUCAAGGUUUUGGAAAUAGGAGUAUAACACUCUAUGACAUCAGGGCAGAACUCAACUGUCGGUACAAAGAUCUCCGAACGCCGUAUAGAUCACCAAAUCCAGAGGAACUGUUUGAUAUGUUGACCAAAGAGACUCCGGAGACAUUCUACGUGGGGAAGAUGGUGUUAGCCGUUGCGAGGGACUUUACGUACCGCAAACCCCAAGGGGAGCAACUUGAUCAGGCAAAUCCAACGAGGAAUGAUGAGACAGGACUCUGGCAAUGUCCGUUCUGUUUGGAAAAUGAAUUCCCGGAACUUUCGGAAGUUUGGAAUCAUUUUGAUGCAAAAGCCUGCCGCGGACAGGCAACAGGUGUCAAGUUGAGGCUUGACAACGGCCUUGCGGGGUAUAUUCACAUUAAGAAUUUGUCAGAUAAGCACGUAAAGAGCCCAGAGGAGAGGGUCCAGAUUGGGCAGAGUGUCUACGUGAGGAUAAUUAAGAUAGACGUUGAUCGGUUUUCCGUAGAUUGUUCAUCAAAAUCCUCCGACUUACUCGAUAAGAAUAAUGAAUGGCGCCCUACGAAGGACUCCUACUACGAUCAGGAAGCCGAAGAUCAGAUCACACGAAAGGAUGAUGAUACAAAGAAGCAAAAGGCACGACAUCACUACAUAACGCGCGUUAUCUUCCAUCCGGCUUUUCACAAUAAGUCCUACACGGAAGCCCUCAAGAUUAUGGAGAAGAUGGAUCAGGGUGAGGUCAUAAUUAGGCCUUCUAGCAAAGGAUCUGACCAUCUAACAGUCACGUGGAAGGUAACAGAUGACAUUUAUCAGCACAUUGAUGUCCGGGAGGAAGGCAAAGAGAAUGCCUUCUGCCUUGGGAAGAGACUCUGCAUUGGCAGCGAAGAGUUUGAGGAUCUCGACGAGAUUAUUGCUCGCUACGUCAACCCGAUGGCAUCGUACGCUCGGGAUUUGCUCAACUACAAAUACUACAGAGGAUCGCUCCUUGGGAUCAGAGACAAGGCCGAGGAGUGCCUGAAGGAGGAGAAGGCAAAGAAUCCCAACAAGAUUCACUACUUUGUGUCAGCUUCGAAGAAUUAUCCAGGCCGCUUCCUUCUAUCCUACCUUCCGGUUAACAAGUGCAGGCAUGAGUAUGUUACAAUCACCCCGGAGGGCUUCCGCUUUAGGCAGCAGAUCUUUGAUUCCCUCAAUGCGCUCCUCAAGUGGUUCAAGGAGCACUUCAAGGAUCCCCUGCCAGCGGGGACGCCACUCACGACGCCUCGUAUGUCCCUGAGGACGCCCUACGGAACGCCAGGGCAGACAAGUGGAUCCAAUUCCGUCAAUGCGGACGCAAUCACGAAAGUAGCGCAGAAUAUGCCAUCCCAUAUGCUGCAUUCGUUGUCUCAAGUUGCAAAUCAGACGCCACACUACCCCCACACGCCUGGAGGCUACGCUCAGACCUCCUACGUCAAUACUCCGUACACACCGAGUGGUCAGACCCCGUUCAUGACGCCCUACCACACGCCCCAUUCCUCCCAGACGCCGCGGUAUGGCCAGACGACGCCCACGAUGAAUGGGCCGUUCGUGCAUCCGGGCAUGAGUGCUUCACAGCAGCCGUACAGGAGUGGAAGUGUGGGCAGUGGGGCAGGAGGAGGAGGGUACCAUCAUGGGUCGGGAGCACCGCCAAUGCACAACCCAUCGCCGAGGAAUCGCUAUCACGGCAGCUCACCAUUCGUGCCUAGUCCGCAGUCUCGCUAUGGGUCACAGAAUGAGAAUUUGGAAUGGCAACGAGCUGAUGAUGCGUGGGCCAGGUCAAAGGGAACGCCCGGACAGGCAACGCCACGUGAUCGUUCCGGAAGGGGUUCCAGCAGAACUCCGCGGUAUGAUGAGUACCCGCAGCAGCAGCAACAGCACGGAGGUCCCCGGAAGACACCGCAGUAUGACAAUGGACGACCAAUGAGUCGAUCAGGGAGAUCAGACUACGGCAAAAGCCCAAGAUCGUCACGUAGUUCCCCAAGGACAAACACAUCGCCACGAUCGAUGACAAUAGGUGAUUCAACGCCCCUCUGGGAUGAGAACUAAGGCGCGGCAUUAAAGUGUGUUGCACAGUGAGCGAGAGAGAGAGAGAAAAUUUAAAAAGAGAGUGUGUGAAUUUAUCAAAUUCAAUUUUAGAACAUAAAAAAAAUAAACAAGAGUUGAAUGAA